CUCCCUUAUAAAAUAGUUGUCUUCACCUCGCUAGGCUCAUUUCUGCCACGAAAACAUCCGUGUUUAGUUUAACUUGCCAAAGUUGAUUACAAUCGCCAUGUCACCACUGUGGGUUCUGGUUCUAGUGCCGACCUUGGCCUUGGCUAAUGACUUCAACGCCAUGGACUACGACAAGGACGGGAAAGUUACACACUUUGAGCUAAAUACGUUCAUUGAUAGACUGGAUCGAAACAGAGAUACAGUUUUGACCAAAGACGAGCUGUUCUACUACCUGAACAACAACUACUGGCGGGUCAAAGCUUACUCGGACAAAAUCUUCGACUUGCUGGACACCGACAAGAACGGGAAACUCAACUACCGGGACUCGAUCAAGGUCGCAAUGGCUAUGGACACCAAUAGGAAUGGUCACGUGGAGAAAGCGGAAUACGACGCCUGGGGUCAAAACCUAGUCAAUAAGGCUCCAUGGUCAUAAAAAAGAUGACUUAAGUACCACUUGAAGAACUGUAUCUGUGUAUAGUCCCGUUUAUCAAUAAAAUAUUUUUUUCUUUCC